AUGUCUCAAUGUGUAUGGGAACUGUUAAGCAUUGAGAAAUCUUUUAUAAAGGAAAGUGAAAACGACGAAAUAGAUCCAAUAUAUAAUUCUUCAAAAAACUAUGAAUUCGAUAAUUUACACAAUACGGAUAUAAGAUCGGAAAAAGUGGACUACGAUUAUGAAGAAGAAACGUCAAAGCAUUCGAAAAUAAAGAAUGAAAAGAACAAAUUGAAAUUUGAAAAAAUUAUGCACAAAUUUUUUAUUUCAGAUAUUUCCAAAUAUGUAAAAGCAUACGUAAAAAAGAAUGAUAGCAACAUCCGUAGCGAGAUAGGUAUAACAUCUAGUCAAAGCACCAAAUCGGAAGAAGAAAGAUAUUGGGUAAACAGCUACAUAUACAACUUUAUAAGCCACUGUCUCAUGACCUACAAUGACUGCAAGCAUUAUAUCGUCAUCACAAGCAGCAAGAACUUGAUCCAGAAGUUAACCGGAACCGGCUACGGAUAUUACGGCAUCUACUUUACGAAUGGGAAAAAAAUCGGAGGACUUGGCAAUUUAUUCAUAAAUAUAAAACAAGUAAGACACAUAAGUUACAGCAUCAUGAAAACCCUUCAAACGAGAACCGCCUCGGAUAGAUCCGUAUCAAAUAAUGAUGAAUCUUGUAGUUUCAUAUUUACGCUUUAA